AUGCCCUAUGAUGUUCCUAAUCCGUAUGCCCUUCAGGCGUACGCUGCUGCACUUCCACAACCAUGGGUGGCACCUCAGCUGCCUUUCAUCCCACAACAACAAGUUGUUGCCCCUCAGAAUCGUCAACAAAAUCCUAGGCCUCAAGGUCAAAGAGCUCCACAAAGGCAAAGAUACCCUGAAAGGCGUAUUGAUCCGGUUCCGAUGCCAUAUGCCCAGCUUCUUCCCCAAUUGCUUGCUGGUCAGUUGGUGCAACUCCGUGAAAUGGGUCCUCCACCUAGCCCUCUUCCCCUAGGAUAUGAUGCUAAUGCUCGAUGUGAGUUUCACUCAGGUGCUCCAGGCUAUACAAUUGAAAAGUGUAGAGCAUUAAAGUACAAAGUUCAAGAUCUCCUCGAUGACAAGAUUAUUUCAUUCGCUCCUACUGGUCCUAACGUGCAGAACAAUCCUAUGCCUCCCUACGCAGAGGAAUGUGGCAGGUUGAGGGAUGAGAUUCAAAAGCUUAUGGAUGAAGGUGUCAUUAGAGUGGAAAGAGUUAUUCCUGAUGAAGAGGUGGUUGUUCUAGAGAUUCCUUACUAUCCUGCUGAUAUGACAAAAGCCCGAAGCGCUCCUUUGAUUAUUCAAACUCCGAGUACUCCUUUGGUUAUUCAGACUCCGAAUACUCCUCUGUUCAUCCGUCCCCAAGCUCCCCAGACUCCGUCUCUUACUCCCUCUUUGUUGGUUGAUUCUAAGGCUGUUCCUUGGAUGGGUAACUCGAAUGUCACAAAUAUCGUUGGGACUAGUGGCAUCACUCGAAGUGGCCGAAUCUUUGCCGCCCCACCUCCGCCUCCCAAAGAGACCAACAAAGAUGUUAACACUCAGACUAAAGGGAAACAGGUUGUCGUUGAUCCUCCCGAGCCCCGUACCGCACAAGACGCUGAACAACUUCUGAGAAUUAUAAAGAAAAGUGAUUACAAGUUUGAAGGGGUUGUGACCAAUAUUGCUGCCGGCAAUUGUUUGGGCUUUUGUGAUGAUGAACUUCCAACCGAGGGUAGAGCACAUAACAAAGCGUUGCAUAUCUCCAUGAGGUGCUUGGAUACUGUGUUAUCCAGAUUUCUGAUUGAUACCGGAUCUUCCCUUAAUGUGAUGCCCAAAGCUACCUUGUUCAAGCUGAGCAUGGAUGGGGUUAUGAUGAGACCAUGUACUAUGAGCGUCAGAGCAUUUGAUGGUUCUAGGAGGUCCGUAGAAGGGGAAAUUGAUUUGCCUGUCAAGAUUGGUCCGCACACGUUCUACAUUUCCUUCUAUGUCAUGGAUAUUCGCCCUUCGUACACUUGUCUCUUGGGUCGUCCUUGGAUCCACGCUGCUGGAGCUGUGACAUCCACCCUUCAUCAGUGUUUGAAGUUUGUUGUGGGUGACAAGAUUGUUGUGAUCACCGGUGAAGAGGAUCUGGUAGUCAAUAAUCUAGCAACAUACUGA